AAGAAGACAGUACGAUCAGGACUCCAGCCAACCUGAGCCAACGCAGUGUAAGGAUGAAGUGGAAGAGUUAAAAAGACAGAACAGAUGUUGCUGGGCUCCUUGGCACGAACUGCCUGCUUCAGGUCCUUCAACAGUAUUUCUGUAGAAUUAAGGUGACUCAGUUAUUCCAAAACAUUAGCUUUCUUUUGCUCUAACCAUCCUUUGGUAGAACAACAUGUGUAUUAUUGUCUUUUUUCAUGACGCACUUUCUGUUGAGCAUCAGGUCAUGGACGGAUGUCUUGACAUUUUCCUGUAGAAUUUGUUGUUACAUCUCAGAACUCUUAACUCCAUCAAUGUUUGCAAAUCGUCCUGCUCCAGAUGCAUCAAAGCAGGCCCGUACCAUGAUACUGUCGCCACACUGUUUCACAGAUGGGAUGAGAGUAUUAUGUUGGAAUGCAGUGUUUGCUCACUGCCAAAAAAAGCUUCUGAUUCAAGCUUUUAAAAUGGGUUUGUAACCCUUUUCCAACCUGGUGAGUAUCAACAACUCUUCUUCUAAGGUUUUCAAAAAUCUCCUUUGUUUGAGCCACGACACACACUUCCACCAGCAUGUGUUGUGAAGCUCUAACUUUGACAAUGAAGAACCAAAUUUCUCUUCUUUAAAUUAGUCGGGGCCUCCCAGACUCACACUUGAUUGUCAUCUUAUUGAUUGAAACAUCUGACUAUCUUCACUUAUUUAUGCCUCAUACAAAUAUGUGACAGUGGAUAAUUUUCCUCGCUGGAUGCACACAUGGAUAAGUAUUGAAGAUCAAAAGAAGAAAAUCACGACCCUGUCACAGCAGCCUACAUGCAAUCCAGUGUUCAGGCGAUUCCUUAGUAGACUCCUGAAGGAGGUACAAAGAGUUGGUUUGCCCAGUGACACCACAGACAUGGUGUACGAUGCCAAAAUCAGACUGUCCAGACAAUCUAUGACAGAAAUACAGAAACUUCUGGAUGGUGAAGAAAGCUGGAGAACAGGAGCUCUGGAUGAUGCCAUCAGUCGGAUACUAGUAGAUCUUAAACCACAUGACUAUGAGGCCUGGAAGUGGCGUUUUGAAGACACCUUUGGCGUGGAGCUUUACACUCUCUUACAAGUGGGUCUGUUUGUUCUGGUUUUAAUGGCCAUCGUCUGCACUCAGCUGUGGUCAACAGUUUCCUGGUUUGUGCAGAUCAAGAGACUGUUAAUAAUCUGCUUCUUAGUCAGUAUUGUCUGGAACUGGUUCUAUCUGUACAAGAUUGCCUUUGCUGAGCACCAAAACAAUAUAGUGAAGAUGGACAGUGUCAAUGAAAAAUGCACAGGAAUGAAGAAAAUUGACUGGAGUGAUAAUUUGAGAGAGUGGGCGAGAAGCACCUUUACUCUUCAGGAUGAUCCUUGUAAGAAAUACUAUGAAGUCCUCAUGGUCAACCCUAUUCUGCUUGUACCUCCCACCAAAGCAAUCUCAGUUACCAUCACGACCUUCUUCACGGAGCCACUGAAACAUGUUGGCCAGGGGAUCAGUGAGUUUCUUCAAGCCCUCCUCAAAGAUAUGCCAAUUACCCUGCAGAUCCCAGUUCUUCUUACUGUCAUGUUCACCGUUUUGGCAUGCUGUUAUGGAAGUGUGCAGGGAGCCUUCAGGUAUGGCAUUGCUGCGCCUCUGCGCCGCCGUCGUCGAAGAGAUCCACCCCUUCCACCAGCGAACCAACCACAGCUUCCUCUUCAGAGGACUGAGGACCGUAACCAGCUAGCAGGAGGGGAUGCACCACAGCAGGCCCCAAGGCAAAGAUUAGAGCAGAACCAGAUUCGUCAGAGGCGAUUCAACCAAGACAGGGAAGAACCCCCUAGGGCAGUGGAAUCCCUGAGCAGAGCCGACGUACCCUUCAGUGAGGAUGAGAUGGAUGGUGAACAGCGUGAGGGAAGUCCUGUAUCAGAGCACACAGAGCAGAGUCUCUCUGCUGCUGAAAGUGAUCCUCAAAGUGAGUCAGAAUCAGACAACCAGCAGGACACACAAGAGAAGCUGGAAGGAGCGAGUGCUAGCAGUGGGGCUAACAGGGGAGCCGAAGCUAACGAGGCCCAAUCAAACACUAAACCCACAGAUUCAACUCAGGAAAAGGCCAAACCUUUGAAAGCAUAUGAGAAAGUUUCUCGAGACGAGCCCCACAGAAACGCAACAGCAGCCAGAUCUCAGCCUGCACAACCUGCUCAGAACCUGGAAGCUCCAGAUGAAGACAGAACGUCCUCUGACUCAUUGACACAUGUUGAAACACUCGGGAUAUCUGUUCAGGAGACAUUAGUGGAAUAGACACUGUCUGCAUUAGUCAAAAGCAGCAACAUUGUCCUCAUCACUGUUUGACACUUUUUGCUGGACUGUGGAGGCAGUGACAACAAAGACAGUCCUUCAGUCUAUCCCUUACUGAUUGACUUACAUUGUUGAAAUGGAUGUGGCCCUUUUUGCCAGUGUGGAGGGAAUUUAUUCUAAAAAAAAAAAAAAGUCUUGCUUCUGUGCAGUCAGCUGAACAUGACUUUUCCUGAAAGGGGACACUAACCUGACUGAACUGGUAUCAGGGAAAUGGGAAUCUUAUUUGUGAAAACCAGCAUUUACUUGUUUUAUUUUUUCAGUGUGUCUCAUCUACAAACAGAAAUCAUGGUCUACAAAACUCGGUUUGCAUAGUAUCAUUGUAUUGAUAACAAAGUGAUAAUUUACAAUCAAUAAAUAACAUUAAUUUUACUUUCAUUCCAACAUUUUGAAGUUGAAACUUUAAUCUAGCCAUUUAAAGGGUAUAAAUGAUAUUUCUUUAUGCUGGGUUAUUUUAUUUUUUUAUUUUUUUUACAAUGAGCUAUCUUUAGGGUUAUUAAAUAUAGAUUUUAUAUCGAGGGCUUGAAAUACUGAUGUGGAAGUCACCGUUUUGCUCAGCAGUAGUGCUGUUGCUGUUUGUUUACAAAAAUACAGCACAAAAAUAGCCAAAGUUAUUCAUUUUAAAGUCAUAAAUAAAUUUGUUUUGCAAGAAUAUUCUUACACAAAAGCACAAAAUGUUCAAAACAUUGUAGCAACCUGCUCCAGAAACAAAUCUUGAAAUUGCUGAUUGUGAAAUAGGCAGCAGUAAUUAAAUCUGCACUGAUCAUUUUAAAGAUAUUAAAGAUAAAGAUAAAGAUAUUACAUUACAUUACUUCCAGUGAAAGCAAACAGUUGAUAUGUUUUUGGUUUCAUGCAGAAUAAAUGUUACUUUCACUUCAGAUCUUUCACAACACAUGACUGUGGGCUAAACAGUACAUAUCAGUGUUCUUGCUGACUGAUGUACCAUAAAGCUGACGCAGGCUAAAGCUUGUUUACUUUGACAUUUUGUACUUUUAGUGUAAGGGUCCUCUCUGCUACACACUAGGUGAUUUUGUUUAGCUUAAACAAAAACAUUAAUGCCUGUAAGAAAUCCACAUGUUUAACUCAAACAAACAAAAAAGUUCCUUAUUUGUAUAGAGAACAAACAAGGCCAUUGUUUUUUGCAAGAAACAUCUAGCUGGAUAUAUGGAGUCCUGCAGGUAUCACUAUCAUUAUCAUUAUUCAAAAUGAAGUGAAAUAGCAGAAUAACGUUAUAUUGAAAAAUAUGUCUCAACACCAUGUAAGCCACAACCUGCAGUAUACCCACAUAUAUUUGAACAAAAUUAAAACUUUAUUAAAACCAAGAGUACAAUUUUGACUGUCAUUAACAACUUUCAUGGAUUAUUAGACACUUCUUUACAGUCACAUGUGAACAUGAGCACAAAUGGUCAGCACAGGAGUGUUGUCUUCAUCCAGAAUGGGGAAAAAAGGACAGAUUAAAUAAUGUAUGCUGAGAAAAUUAAUUCAUUUUAGUGUUGAAAUUACAUUACAGGGUUUUGUUUUUUUUGUUUUUUGUUCUUUUUAUUUGAUAAUUAGCUUUCAGCAACACCCAAAUACAGAUUUUUGUUUGGCUGCAGACCACAUUUUCUGUUACAUAAAAUGCACACCCACUAAUCCUCUAGAGCAUUAUGGGAGAGCCCUGAACAGAUGUUGGUCAGCCAUCUCAGGAUGUUUUUUGGGAUUGCACAUCUGAGAUCAUGUUCUUGGUGUAUUUCUGAGAAACAUUGUGGAUAUAUAAAAGCUGAUAUCUGCACAUGUCUUUUUGACUUAUAUUUAAACUUUGUACUUUUAUGCCAAUAAUAAAAAAAAUCUUCAUCA